AUGUUGCUCACAAGAAGCUGAUAAGACGCUGGACUGGAUCUACACGUUGGUGUUGAAGCAAAACAAUCAUACAACGACAACAAUGGAAUUACAUUUGAAUAAUAACAUAACAAGUUCCAAAGACUUGCUCGCGUGUGGCAAGGGAGGAGGUCUGCAUGACAAGCUUUUCAUUAAGUCAAGGGGGACCAAGACUGUCCGUUCUUUGCAGACUGAGAGGAUCCCAAGAAGUAGUGUGCUGGACAGACUGCAGAGCUUCCUGCCUCAGAUGGCCCAAGCCAACGAGAAGCUCAGGUUGCAGAUGGAGGAGGCUCCAGAAGGCCAUUAUGACAUUGAAAGGGUGGAAGAUGAUGAAAAGAUAAUUCAGAUGGAUGUGUCACUGGUGGAACUCAGUUCUUCGGACAGUGAUUCCGAAGUGGAGUCUUUACAGGACAACACCUCAGACUCUGAGGAGGAAAGCGAAGUUACGGAGGAGAACCUCAAAUUGCCUGGCGACAGCCAAAGGAAGAAAAAUAAAUUAAAUAUCCAAGUCCUGGAGACGCAGGAUUUGGCUGUUGUAGACCUUUAAAGAGACUACUGGGACAAUAACAAGUAUGCAUAAAAUACAGACUUGGAUCAACUGGGGUAUCGGUUAAUCCAACCUAAUUUCUCCUAAACAUAGUGCUAAUGGAUUAGAGGACCCUGGUGGGCUAAUGGAUUCAAUGGUUCUGUGAUUGGAAACUUGCUGCUGUGGAGAUAUGUGUAGAGGGCUGUCUACCAGAAGGGCCAAAACCCACAUGUCAGUUUUGUUUAUUUGAACCGUAAUGAGAUGGGGAACACCGUAAAUAUUUACUGUAUUUCAAAAUGAGUGUAUGAAAUAGUAAAUCGAUUUUAAUGUGAAUGUCAUAAGAUGUUUCUCCCAAAAUAUCAGGAAACAUUUACUUUCCAAAAGAAGGAACAACAUUAAUUCAAAAGGAUGUUUAAUCUUCAUAGGACAUUUUGAAUACACAAUACUGGAGUGGAUUUUUUUGUGAGGGUGAAUAGUUCCCUCGGUAGAGACCAAACAAUUGUCAUUUCUUGAUUUUCAAAUUGUGCAACACUAUGCAUCAGAAAAUGGUACAUAGAAGGGCUAUAGAUUGACAUUUCAAUACAACAACUAAGAAAAAAACAAUGUUUGGAUGCGAUGCCAAACUCUGUAAAGGUAGUUUGUAAUAAAUAUUUAAAUUAAUAUUCUUUAUUACAAAAAGGAUAAGCUGCAAUUCUACUUUUUUUUAACUUAAUAUGUAGCCUUCAUUUAUUUUAGCCUCUAGCCAUAACAUAUGUUUUUUUCUCUGUACAGACAAAGUAAACAUGAUAUACACUCAAAACAUGGGUAUAACAAUGUGAUGUCAUGAAUAAUCAGUCACUGUAUCGAUAGGUUUGAGUUUUUUUCUACCAAAACUGCAGCAGGAAGAUGAUUUGUUUCAACAGCUCAUUGCCUUGUAAGCAUUUCAUUGUACAGUGUCUCCUGUGCAUAUGAAAAAUAAUUUACUUUAAAAGUUCAAAUAGGUUUGCUAAAAAUGCACAAACUAGUGUUGUAACAGAAUUCUCCCUUUCUGACUACAAUAUGUUAAAAAUACUGUACAUCAAAUUAUUCCGUUCUGCUUUUGUUAUAAAAUAUUUACAAGUAACAACGGGAGUUGUGGAAGUGUUCAAAACAAGUGUGGCACCCAACAUUACUGAGCAAAAAUUAAAUGAGAACCUGACAUUGUAAGCUUGAGAAAAAAUAAAUAUUGAACCAAAUGUGUCAUGGCUCAGAUGGUAUGUUAUAAGAUCCUAGAACUUUUCUUUAAAACUGAGUGGAAGAAAAAACCUUUGUUAGCUCAUAUGUUGAUCCUGUCAAAUCCACCAUAGCUUUGGUUCUAGAACUAAAAUCCACGUCAGUUAAAUGUGAUUUUUAUUUUUUUGCUUGGGCAUUUGUCCUUUUUUACCACAUUUGUCCUAUGUCUGUAGUGUGUGUGUGAUUCGAGUUCCUGAACUGAAUACAAAUAAACUGUAGUCAUUUUGA